CGGGACGCGGCACGAUAGCCCGAGCCGCCGUGUCCGAGUCAUGUCCGAGUAUCCGCUUUCAAUUCCAAGAUCAAGCCCUCGCAGGCCAUCGACUCUCAUUUACUGUGGAGAGCUGACGUGGAUGAACCAGGCGGCAUACCAUACAUACUUACGGGCCUGUAUAGAUAAACAGACACAACAUCACAACCUACUCGGAGUCCGCCAUAGAAGCUGUCUUUAAGUUCAGCCUUGCGUCGUUAUGACUCCGGAAGAAAGGGUUCGCGAAGCCAUCCGCGAUCUGUGCCGUCACCACUUCGGGCAGGUUCUGCAGCAACAGUUGAAUGCAUUUUUGGAAGAGCUGCUGACAGUGGUGUUCGGUGUCCGCGAUGCCUUCCUCAACCCAUUCUUCCCUUAUGGCCGAUUGAAAUCACAUACCCUACACGAUUUUUGCGCCGCAACUCGCCAGAUAUCCGGCAUCUCCCCCACUUUAUUUCUGCAAGCCUUAGUCAUAAAUGAGGAUUCCGUUUUGUUCGUAAAUCGGCCGAGGUUCCUCCAAAGAAUCACCAGAGAUGAACGUGACCACUACACCCAUAUUACACUCGUCAAUUCGAAGACUCUGCAGCGUUGCUCACCAGUUGACGCUAAGAAACAUGCAGACUCGUUCAAUAGCAUUUCUGUCCGUGUUCGGGAAACCGAUUCAGGACAUCAGAUUUUAGUCAAUGAUGUCGCGGAUGAGGUGGCUGCGUUCGGAUGGCUGUUAGCUUUCCCCUUCGUGCUGACGUGUGAUGGCGCAGGGCACGGGAGCUCGAAUCCGACAGACAUUCCGAGGCUUGUAUUCAGAUUCGAAGCGGAUUACGAGUUCAGAGACCAAACAAGGUUAGUCCAGGCUGCUGCAUGGGUAUCUAACCGCCACUCAGGGCAGAUCAUCUCCCACCAGAACCACCGUGAUUCGGGCUUUCGCAGUCCCAGCGAGUCUGGUCUCCAAUCCCGUAGACUUUGAGGAAGGAGCAAUGUCAGAGUUGGCGGCCCAUAUAUCACAGCAGA